CGCGCUCAGCUAACUUUGGGCCAGCACAGAAGAUAGCCUAUCGGUCGCUCACUGACAGAACUGGGAGGCAAGAGGUCAAAGGAGGCCCACUGAAAUUUGGUUGCUUUGGUUCGGCUUCAGAGGACUGUGGACCAAAGUUACAACAAAUUCUACUUUCAACGUUUUGCUUCUCGGUUACUUCAUGCAAAAAUGAACCGAAAGAAAGUGAUGCUGUUUCAUUGUGUGCUCCUUUUGUGCCUGGGCACCUGUCUAGGCCAAAAUGACUGUACAGGCGUGGAUUGCCCAUUGAUGGACAACUGCAUUGAGGAGGUUCUGGCGAAGGGCGAUUGCUGCGCCACCUGUGUUAAAAUAGGAUGUGAAUGUGAAGGUUACCAGUACUACGAUUGCCUCCAUGCUGGCUUCCGGAACGGGAAAGUUCCAGAAGGAGAAUCUUACUUUGUGGAUUUCGGAAGCACAGAGUGUUCUUGCCCACCCGGAGGUGGGAGGAUAAGCUGCCAUUUUAUCCCGUGUCCUGAGGUUUCCACCAAUUGCAUCGCUGUCACGGAACCUGUGGACGGGUGUCCGCAGUGUGAGCGAUUCGGCUGUGUCCAUGGUAGCCAGAAGUACGAAGCAGGCCAUUCCUUCCAGAUGGACCCGUGUCAGGUUUGCCACUGCCCCAACAAUGGCGGGAGCCUAAUGUGUUCUCCCGUCCCCGACUGCGACCCUCAUAAAGUCAGCAAGCCCAUUUUGACCACGACCACCAUGAACAGCAACCUUCCGACAGACCUCCAUAAACUGCAUGACAGCCAACAGACACGCCCCCUGGACCCCGAUCUUUACAAAGCCACAGAUGAACUUGAGGACUACGAUUACACACUGCCUGAACCCACGUCGACUACUCCGCGAGACCUGGUCCAGCCUAGAGAAUCUACCGCGGCGUCACCCUCCCAUCCUGAGACAAGCUCUCCUCCGUAUGAGAUCCUUGACAAUCUGAGGCAAGAGCUGAGAGAAAGACUUGGAACAUUUGAUCAGGACGGAAGAGGGCAAGCGACAAGCACUGAGGAGCCUGAUCACAUUCACCAGACCACUUCAAUGGCCCAGGGAGAGUCAACAAACUCAAUGACAAAACAGGAAGUUACCUCAGAGAGCCACAGGUAUCGAGAGGAAGUUGUUGACUGGGACAGCAGGCACCAUAGAGACAGCGACCCAGUGACAAAAAGUCCCACUUCGACAGAAGCCACACAAACUACAAUCCGUAGUGACAAAGGAGUGAGACACACUGGCCUUCACGAGCACAAAGACAGAUUCAGCAGCCACCGCCAUAACACCAGUCAUUCAACUUCAAGGCACGAGAGGCAACACGAGAAGCACCCACCGGAGCCCCAGAGUAAACCUGACCAGGAUUCCUCGUUCACUGCAGUGAGGUUCAGCCCGACAAGCAGAUCUCCUGUGAUGACAGCGGAGGGAGACCAGUCGGUCAGCAGACAGUCCCAGAGCCUCUUUAACUACCAGGGCUCAAACGAACAACAUGUAAAUACUGAGGUUUCUGUCAUUUCUUCCAAGGAGUUGGUAGAGAUCUGCUGUGAUACUGGGGAGAAGUGGGCCUCAGCCAAUAGCCACUGCAGGAACAUGGAUCUCCCCAGAGAUGACAGACACUCCAUCUGUCGGACAGCUCAGAGACAGUGUUGUCUAGGAACCCUGAAGGAGAGUCGCUGUUUCUCUGGGAUGAAUGCAGCCAGAGCGGGAGCCAUGUGUGAGGUGGACAGCAGUGACGAGUGUAGUGCCGACUCCUACAAGGAGUGUUGCAGUUGCUGCUCUCUGGGCCGGCGCUUCCGUAGAGAGGGCCACCCCUGCGAAGCCCACCAGUACCUGGGUUACCCCUGCAGCCACGUCUUCCUCACCUGCUGCGAGGGCGAAGACAGGGACGUGGGGGAGCGGGUUGGCGAGGGGAACGACCUGGAAGUCCUGAAAGAGAGGCCCGCGGAGGACCCCACCUUGGCGCCGACGAGAGUGUCAGACAGCCAGUUCCCCAAGGAGGCCUUCUCAAUCGGGGAGGAGCGGGACAGGGACAACACGGUGGAGGGUCCCCUGGAGACGGAGGACGUGGAUGAGUGCCAGGUGUACCAGGCGUGCCACCACAGGUGUAUCAACACUCCCGGGUCCUUCCGAUGUGCCUGCCACCCCGGCUAUGUGUUGCAACAGGACGCGGUCACCUGUCAUCCAGAGACGGUGGAGGAGGAGAACAGAUUGAGAGAAGACGACAGGCCAGAUGUGGAGUCAACCUCCGCAGGUUCUCCCACCACCCCAGCCCCUGUCAACCCCUGCGAGGGAAAUGGCCCCUGCAUGCAACAGUGUUCCCCAGUGGCCGGACACCCUCACUGCUCCUGUUUUCCAGGAUUUUCUCUCAUGUCUGAUAGACAUUCCUGUGAAGAUGUCGAUGAGUGUUCGACCCGUCCCUGUCAGACGAAUGAGCGCUGCGUGAACACGGCCGGGAGCUUUGUGUGUCAGCGUCCGUUCACCUGUCCCCCGGGUUACCAGGUCAACCGUGACGUCUGUGAAGACAUCGAUGAGUGUGUUCAAGAGACUCACAACUGUAGACCUGGCUUUGAUUGCGUGAACGUCGAGGGCUCGUUCAGGUGCAACGCCAAACCCCACUGCUCCGCGGGUUUCACGCAGGACCUCAACGGAAACUGCAUCGACGUGGAUGAGUGUGUCAUGGCCGGCCAGCCCUGCAGCCCCGGCUUCAACUGCAUCAACACCGUGGGCUCCUACAGCUGCCAGAGGAAGAUCCUCAUAUGUAGCCGCGGUUACCGCGCUAGCCCCGACGGAGCCAGGUGCAUAGAUGUGGACGAGUGUCAGACCUCUCUGCACCGCUGCGGGGAAGGCCAGAUCUGCCACAACCUGCCCGGCUCCUACCGCUGCGACUGUCACACGGGCUACCAGUACGACAUGUUCCGGAAGAUGUGUGUGGAUGUGAAUGAGUGUUGGCGAUAUCCCGGCCGCCUGUGUGCCCAGACCUGUGAGAACACCCCGGGUUCCUAUCACUGCUCCUGCACCGAAGGCUUCAGCUUAUCCGCCAACGGCAAGAACUGUGAAGAUGUGAACGAGUGUUUGACCGAGCCGUGCGGUCAGGAGUGCGCCAACAUCUACGGCUCGUACCAGUGUUACUGCCGACCGGGCUACUACCUCAGGGAGGACGGACACGCCUGCGAGGACAUGGACGAGUGCGCCCAGAGCAUCGGCCACCUGUGUUCCUUCAAAUGCGUCAAUGUCCCCGGGAGCUACAAGUGUGCCUGCCCGGAGUACGGCUACUCCAUGUCGCCCAACGGACGCUCCUGUCGAGACAUUGACGAGUGUUCCGUCGGGACCCAUAACUGCUCCUUGGCUGAGACCUGCUACAACAUCCAGGGAGGCUUUCGCUGUCUGUCCUUCAGCUGCCCACCGAACUACCGCAAAUCCUCUGAUACGCGGUGUGAGCGACUGAGCUGCCCCAAUUUCCUGGACUGUCAGAACUCGCCCCUGAGGAUCACCUAUUACCACCUGAGCUUCCAGACGAACAUCGUCAUCCCCGCCCAGAUCUUCCGCAUCGGCCCCUCCCCCGCCUACUCUGGGGAUAACGUCAUCAUCAGCAUCAUCAAGGGCAAUGAGGAGAACUACUUUAGCACGCGGAAGCUGAAUGCCUACACGGGCGCGGUGUACCUCCAUAGGCAGGUGCGCGAGCCACAGGACUUCCUGAUCAAUGUGGAAAUGAAGCUGUGGAGACAGGGCACCUUCACUACGUUCCUGGCCAAAAUCUAUGUCUUUAUUACGGCCAACUCGCUCUAAAAGACUGGAAUUGCCCCCACUCCUACCCCAGUCCAUUCCCUUCUAUCUGGCUUGCCCUCCCCCUGUAACGGACCAGAAGAAUUUGGA